AUGUUAUCAGAUGAUUAUGAGGAUCAAAAUAUCCCUAUAAUUCAGCAAUUGCCUGGUUUGCUGACGCCAGGGUCAAUGGGUUCAGGCAGUAAUGCAUUUUCCGGCUCUUCCCUUCUGGAACCUGGAUCCUCAAGAUGGAUCAGUCAUCAUAUGAAACGCGUUUUUGCACCUGACGUUUUCGAUGUUCACUUUGAAGGUCAACAGAAUGCGCAAACGCAUCUUUCUGAUAGUCUGAGCGGACAGCCGAUUCCGGAGACACCUCCAGAAAGGCCAUUAGAGAAAUUACCUCAUACACCAGCAGAACAACUAUCUUAUGCAAAUUUGAAAAGCACACAGGCUAAGCGAUUUGAACUGCAAAAGCGAGCAACAAUUACCUCCUGGAACAAGACUAAAACUUCCACUCCUAUCAUUUCUCAACAAUUAGCUGCUUUUGCUGAGGAAGUCACCUAUAAUGAAGCACUUUUACGUUGCCUUAAACUUAGCUCGAAUCUUGUCACUAUUCGUUCACAACAAGAAAACGACUACGUCACAGGCAUUUCUAAAGUUAAAAACGUUUGGACGGGUUUAUUUCGAAGGAAAACUGGGUGGUUUUGGUCUGACUACACUGUACCAAACUUUUUCAACUGGGCAAGGGGUCAGCCAAGAGGAGGUUCUGGCCCGAACGUUAGAUGCGUAGGCAUUAACGCGCUCUGGACCUCUGGUACCUGGUUUGACGCUGACUGUAAUUCGCACUUCGGUUAUAUAUGCAAAUACGAUCCACAAAGUAAAAGCUCUUUUCUUUCUCACAAUUUAGCAAUAACAACAAAAAUGCAUUUACAUCGACCAGUCAUAACCGCAGUAGCACCAAACUUAUUUGCCCAAAAACCACUAAUUUAUCUGAGACCACCAGCGGCUACUGCUAAUCUCUAUGCUUAUUAUUAUUAUGCUCUUAUGCAACAACUUGCCCAUCAGAUGUAUCGAAAUAUUGCUAUUUAA